AUGAGCUCUGUUUAUUUUUGGUCCACAGCAACAGAAGAACCUGGAGGGCUACGUGGGUUUUGCAAAUCUUCCCAACCAAGUUUACAGAAAAUCUGUGAAGCGAGGUUUUGAGUUCACCCUCAUGGUUGUGGGGGAAUCCGGGCUCGGGAAGUCGACGUUGAUAAACUCACUCUUUCUGACAGACCUCUACUCCCCUGAAUAUCCGGGGCCUUCACACAGAAUUAAGAAAACCGUGCAGGUUGAACAGUCAAAGGUUCUGGUAAAGGAAGGAGGAGUCCACCUGCUGCUCACCAUCGUCGACACCCCCGGCUUCGGUGAUGCCGUUGACAAUAGUAACUGCUGGCAGCCAGUUAUCGACCACAUUGACAGCAAGUUUGAGGACUACCUCAACGCAGAGUCACGCGUCAACAGGCGACUAAUGCCGGACAGCAGAGUUCAAUGCUGUCUGUACUUCAUUGCCCCGUCUGGACAUGGGUUAAAACCGUUGGAUAUUGAGUUUAUGAAGAGGUUACAUGAGAAAGUAAACAUCAUCCCCCUCAUCGCCAAGGCCGACACAAUGACUCCUGAGGAGUGCCAACAAUUCAAAAAGCAGAUCAUGAAGGAAAUCCAGGAGCACAAAAUUAAAAUCUACGAAUUUCCCGAGACAGACGAUGAGGAGGAGAUGAAGAUGAUCAGAAAAAUCAAGGAUCGUUUACCCUUAGCCGUGGUCGGCAGUAACACCAUCAUCGAGGUCAACGGAAAGCGAGUGCGCGGCAGGCAGUACCCCUGGGGUGUGGCUGAAGUGGAAAACGGAGAGCACUGUGAUUUUACAAUCCUUCGGAACAUGCUCAUCAGGACCCACAUGCAGGACCUUAAGGAUGUAACAAACAACGUGCAUUAUGAAAAUUACCGAAGUAGGAAGCUUGCAGCGGUAACUUACAACGGCGUGGACAACAACAAGAACAAGGGACAGCUAACCAAAACCGAGACGACUGACGGAAUGAGUCCUCUGGCUCAGAUGGAGGAGGAGCGACGGGAGCAUGUGUCCAAGAUGAAUAAGAUGGAGCAGGAAAUGGAACAAGUCUUUGAGAUGAAGGUGAAAGAGAAGCUCCAGAAGCUCAGAGACUCAGAGGCUGAGCUCCAGAGGCGUCAUGAGCAAAUGAAAAAGAACCUGGAGGCCCAGCACAGAGAGCUGGAGGAGAAACGUCGCCACCACGAGGAGGAGAAGGCCAGCUGGGAGGCGCAGCAGAGGAUCCUCGAUCAGCAAAAGUUAGACGCCUCCAGGACUUUGGAAAAGAACAAAAAGAAGAAGAUCUUUUAACAACUUGUGAGGACCUUCUUGAUGUUCCAGUGUAUAAAUUGCCAACCUGCCACACACGACUGUUAGUACAUCUUGUCAGUAAAAUACAUUUGCUGUUUGACCACAUAACUGUGUAACAAUCAAGAGAAAAGCCAGGGGGCAGUAUCGUCUGGACUCUGAAUUAGAACAAUCACUCCCUGCUCAUAUUAAAUAAAGAACGUCUAUUUUUCUGAUUCAGUGCUAAUUGUAUUCUUAAAGUGUGUAAACCCAGAAAUCACGGCGAGGACAAACUGGAGGUCAGAGUUCAGUCAUUCUUUUCCUCAUUUCAUCUUCUUCUUUGGGAAUGAUGUUGCUGCACUGCUCAGUGCUGCAUCCUUUUAAAAUGCCAAAAAACAAAGAGGUCAGCCUUUCACUUCCUGCACUCCUGCAGAGAAAGCGUCAGGCUGCAGCUCACCUCAGGCACUGUUUUUAUAUAUAUAUAUGUGUGUAUCUUUCAGUUCAUUUAUUCAGGUUUCAUCUUUAAUUUCCUCCCAUGAUGUUACACUCCACCACCUCCUGUCAUGUAAAUUGUAUACCAUUGAACUGCAGUGUUUAACUUCAAUUGUGUGUAUACCGUUUUCUUACAUUUUGUUCAUUUCUUUCUUUUUGUAUCGGCCCUGGCAUUGAAAUUGUGUUCAUCUUGUUUCCAAUAUCACCGCUGGCUUUAUUCCAGCCCUGCUCUUGGAAACCAAACAUUUAUUCCUGACUUCACUCACACUGGGUGUAACGAUGCAAAGACACUGCACUCCAAGCAGUUGCUCUUGAAUUAAUUUGAACUCCUCCCCUUCCGGUUUUCUUUGAAAAUGUGUCGGAGAGAAUCGGCUCUUUCCCGGGGCGGGAUGUGGGAAGCUCGUGCUGGAUGCUGGUGGAUGAGAAAGCUGGAGCUGAGAAGCUUCAGUCAGACAGCGGUCAGCUUGAUAUCUGUACCGAGCUGGCUUUCUUUACGUCACAUCGAGCACUGAUGGUUUACUGCAUCUGUUUUGUAAUGUUUUGUUUUUAUUGUACAAAGUCACAUAAUAAAAUUGUGAUGGGGAAAAAAAAAACA